AGGUCAUGGUCCUCAAAGUGGGAACGCUGUGUGAAACGAAGCCUGUUCUACGGAGCUGCCGAUGAUGGAAUUUUCAAGCAGCGAGGAAGGAGACCGACACUAGGAUUUGACGUGUUGAAAAUAAAUUUUGGCAUCGAUAUAUUUUCAUCUUUACAACCUGUCUGUUUUUAAUUUCGAUAACUUCAGUGGACGGGAUGUAAGACAGUUCACAAUCAACUACAAGCCACCUGAAAAGGAAAUGGCAUUUCGUAAGAUUGUUGGAGGAGCAGUUUUUCUUGGGGGUGGUACCCUGACAAUUUUAGGUGCCUCCCACAUAAUAGACUACUGGUCAUAUCAGGCUCGCCUUUCUUGUGUUCAAGCAUCAGAACAAUUGAAUGGAAAAUAUAUUCAAUAUCAAAUGCCAUCAAGAGAUGUUCAACUGUUCACCUUAAAGACAGUAAAGGAAUUUGAUAUCCUUGUUAUUGGGGGAGGGGCAACCGGAUCUGGAUGUGCCCUAGAUGCUGUUACUCGGGGUCUCAAAACUGCACUAAUAGAGAGAGAGGACUUUUCUUCUGGGACCAGUAGCAAAAGCACGAAGCUUAUCCAUGGAGGAGUGCGAUACCUACAGAAAGCAUUCAUGAACUUAGAUUUUGAACAGUAUAAACUAGUAAAGGAAGCACUCAUGGAACGUGCCAACCUACUCGAGAUUGCCCCGCAUAUUGCUAAACAGUUACCGAUCAUGCUCCCUAUUUAUAGGUGGUGGCAGCUUCCUUAUUACUGGGCUGGGAUAAAGAUGUAUGAUUUUGUGGCUGGACGUCAAUGUUUGACAAACAGUUAUGUCCUUACCAAGUCGAGAGCUCUGGAACUUUUCCCCAUGCUGAAAAAAGAUAAACUUGUAGGAGCUAUUGUUUACUAUGAUGGACAACACAACGAUGCACGAAUGAACCUUACUAUCGCUCUGACUGCUGCCAGGUACGGUGCUGCCAUAGCCAAUUACGUUGAAGCUGUGAGCCUACUGAAAACCAGAGACCCAGACACCGAUAAAGACUACGUAUGUGGAGCUAGGUGCAGGAAUGUUGAAACAGGGGAACUGUUUGAUGUGAAAGCCAAAUGUGUUAUCAAUGCUACAGGACCUUUCACAGAUUCAUUGCGUAAAAUGGAUGAUGAGAACGUGGAAAAAAUUUGUCAGCCUAGUUCUGGAGUGCACAUUGUCUUGCCUGGUUAUUAUAGCCCUGAAGCCAUGGGACUGCUUGACCCAGCAACUAGUGAUGGCAGAAUUAUAUUUUUCUUACCGUGGGAGAAAGUGGUCAUUGCAGGAACCACUGACACUCCAACAGAGGUUACAUCUAAGCCCAUACCCCAUGAGGAAGAGAUUAAUUUUAUUCUUCGAGAAAUACGGAAUUAUCUGAGCUCUGACGUUGAAGUAAGAAGAGGAGAUGUACUUGCAGCUUGGAGUGGUAUUCGUCCGCUGGUAUCUGAUCCCAACUCAAAGAAUACCCAGUCUAUCUCUCGCAAUCAUGUUGUGACAGUGACUGACAGCAGACUGGUGACUAUUGCAGGUGGUAAAUGGACCACUUAUCGUAAAAUGGCCGAAGACACGAUAGAUGUUGCUGUCAAAGCUUGUAACCUGGAUUUUGCAGAACCAUGCAAGACAGUUGGACUUCUACUAGAAGGAUCCCAUAAGUGGACUCCUACUCUUUACAUUACUUUGGUACAAUACUAUGGUCUAGGAUCUGAGGUUGCUCAACAUCUUGCUUCUACUUAUGGGGACAAAGCAUUUCAGGUUGCUAGGUUGGCUCAAGUUACUGGAAAGAGGUGGCCUAUAGUUGGCAAGCGUUUGGUGGCUGAGUUCCCAUAUAUUGAAGCAGAGGUCAAAUAUGCUCUGAAAGAGUAUGCAUGUACAGCUAUUGAUAUCCUCGCCCGCCGGACACGUCUUGCAUUUGUGAACGUGCAGGCUGCUGAAGAGGCCCUUCCACGCAUCAUAGAAAUAAUGGCUGGAGAAUUAAACUGGAGUGAGAAACGGAUGCAGGAUGAAUUGGCGGCUGUUCGAGACUUUCUGUACCAUGAAAUGGGCUACAAGGCUCGAUUUGAUCAACUAAAAAACACAGAAAUAAGCCUGUCACCUUUGGAAGUGGAUAAGUACACAAAAAGGUUUCAGAAAUUUGAUGAGGGUCAGAAGGGUUUUAUUACAAUGCCUGAUGUUCAACGUGUAUUAGAGAGUAUUGGUUAUCAGGUGCAUGAACAGACUCUCUAUGAAAUCUUACAUGAAGUUGACAUAAAUAAGAAUGGGCAGGUAGAACUAAUUGAAUUCUUACAGUUGAUGAGUGCAAUCCGGAAUGGCGCAAUAUCUGGAAAUAGGUUGGCUAUUUUGAUGAAAUCUGCGGAAGAGAAUCUGGUUAAUGAAGAGCCUAUUCCUGUGCACCGCAGUGGAGGGGGCUUGUGAGUCUUGCUCCCUAAAUUGGCUAAAGGAAAAAGCAAGAAUUUCUGUUGCUGAUACAACUGCUAAUUCAAAGCUUGUUGCGGGACUUUUCUUUGCAUUAUUUGGGCUUUAUUCUGUUGAACAUACAAAGUGCAUGAAAUUCUGUGACUUCUGUCUCAACAUCUUUUCUUUUGGCCAUUGUAUUUCACAGCAAUCUGAUUAUUGCAUUAUUUUAGUAAAUUAUUCAGAUAUAACAUCUUUAUAUUCAGUAUAAAUUUUGAUAAACUUUAAAAUCUUAUAUUUCAACAAAUGAGUUAAUGCAGUAUGGAAUAAUGGAUCAUUGUGCAACAUUUAUCCUCCAUCCUUCUUGUGAAGAGGGAGAGUAUAUGUCUGUGCCAAGGUGAUUGUAAAGUAACUUUAAAAAUGUCUUAAGGAUUUUGUUUGAAGGGCAUUCUCUUUGGGAAAUAAGUUCUCUCCAUUAUGCUCCUGGAAGAUGAGUUUUGAUAUAAUAUAAUCCAUUUGCACUGUUUCAGCUAUUUGUUUAUUGCACAACUUUGAUAACCCAAUGGCUUCAAAUAUUUCAUUUUGUAAUCAACAGUUUUCUCAUGCCAAAAUUGGGUUUAUCAAAGAAGACCGUACUUAUUCAUGUGUCCCACCUCCUAAUCUUCAAUUCUUCUUUCAUAAACUUUGGUUAGAGUUGAUGCAAGUAUAAUGUUUAAUAGUAGGUUUACAAGGAGUCACUGAUUUUUCUGGCUUAAUGGGCUAGAUUUUUGUCAUUGGCUUUGGAAUCAUGUUCAGCAAUUUGCUGAUAUUGUGUUCCUGAAGUCUAAGUGAAUGUCCUCACAUCUAUUAUUUUCAUCCGUGGAGUUGGGGGGCAGGUUGGAUGAGGACGGGAGUCAGGACCACUGCAAUCCUUUGCAGUCCCUGGGUAGGGACAGAGACAUAAUCAAAGGUCAUCUUCAUUCACUGAAUAUUAGCUCAAUCUAUGGACGCCUAAAAGGCGUGACAGCCUUCGUUCACCAUCCGCUCUCACCAACACUUCAUGCACCCUCCAGUAUCUCCCAUGUCUGUUCCAUACAUUCAAACCCCUGCCAUACCGUGUCAUAUUUCUCAUGCCUGCUUCAUGCCCCCACUGUUUUUACUAUUGACACAACCGAUAAGUUUUCUAAUAACACUGGAAAGUCUUUAAAAUUAUUAUGAAAUUUGAAAGAAAAUCCAUUCAGACUCUAAACAGGAAUUAUAAUUUGUCCUGAAAUUUGUCUCUACUCUAAAAUGCUGAUGAAUCUGUUGGCAUAAAUAUUUUUGAAAGCUUUUUUUUUAAUCUGUCCAAAAAUUGUCAGUUAAAAAAAGUCCCGAUCCCUCUUCACAGCUAUGUAAACAACUUCUGCUGAGCCUAAGUCUAUUUACUAUGGAUUGGAGCUCAGCCAUAUUGAGAUUCUAUUGGACAACUGAAUAAACAAAAUUUCCACAGCUCAAUACAGUUGGUUCUUUGAAGUCACCUGAGCAGAUGCCAGUGAUUUACUCAUUUUUUUCAAACACUUCAAUGUUCCAAUCAAAGAAGUCUGUUCACCUAUUUCAAAUAUUCAACAAAUGUCUCAACUUUAAGUCAAUAUAAAUAUUAUAGCACGUUGUCCAGAUGACACAUUAAAAUCCAAUUUCCAGUACUUUUGACUGUAAAAGGGUAUUUUAACUACUGGACAAUUUGCUUGAAAACACCUGAAUGCUGUCACAUCCCUAUUAAAGAGAGAGCCCUAGGAAAAAUCACCUCAUUAAAAAAUAUACAUACAUUUCAUGCAUCAUUACAUUAGUACAUUUGAAGUUGUCAAAAGCUGUUGAACAUAUUAUCAAAUGGUUCCCAACUUCACCACGGGCUUCUCUAAGACACUCAACCUAACUGAUCUAAUUUGUUUUACAAAGGCUCCACAAUCUGACCCACCUCACUGAGAAUAUCAAUAUCUAGGAAAUUCUCAAUUCAGCAGACAGUUAAAAGAUUGAUCGUGACUUUACGGUCAGGUUGUGUCGAGUUGUCACUUGCCACACGUUCAGCACUGACCAACGUGGAGGUAGACAGGAAUUGGGUGAGAAAUAUGAUUUCAUCUGCCCAAUGUGUGUUUUCAUAAGUUGGCAAAAUCCAAAACUGAAUUGUAAAAACUAUUUCACGUCAUGACAACUUAUUGAGGGAGAGGUCUGUCCUGUCAUCCAGGCAGCUUUUGCAGGCAAAAAAGAAAUCAUUUUGGGGCACAGCUUUCUGUGACGUAAGAGACCCAGAAAUAUUAUUUUGAAUUUUAAAAUGUGUUCACUCCUUGACUGUUCUAGUGAGAUACCCAAAGACUAUUUCAUGCACAUUUCCAUGAAACUUGUCACCAUUCAACAAUUCAAAAAUUAGGCCAGUUCUGCUGGAAAUUCUCUCAUGUUUUUAACCAUUGGCCAUUAAAGGUAUUGCUGGAGACUAUUGACAAAAUGUUAGGUCAAUCAUUUUAAACUUACUCUUGCAUUGUCUUCUUCCAUUCGAAAGGUUUACUGGAGACCCAAACUUUCCGUACAGUGACCAGUUUCCUGUGUCUGGAGGCUUGUCAGGCAUUCAACCUUGGCGCAACAAUUAAAUGAGGCCAAGAUUCACAAUCUUUGGGCUAAACGAUUCCAGUACAUUUCGUUCACACAUGGGUUGUGCUCUGGUUGACCGACUAAUUUCUCACUCAAUUUUCUUUUAGAUUUUCUGUUAAAAUUGCAAAGUGUCAUUCUCUUCGUGUACACUUCUGUUAUGCUAAUUUUACUUGCCUGAAGUUACAUGUGCUUAUUGACCCAAUUUGUUCUGAAAAUUGGAAUAACAUUGGCAAACACAUUGCAUCUUUCAGUGCAGGAAAAAGAUAAUAAAUAUGUGAAAAAUUUGGAAGAUAUGAUGGGAUGGAUGUUGGAUGCAUUAGAAGAUUUGGCUGAUGUCAGAUUCAGAAAUGUUUGCAGGUAUAUAGCAACAAGGUGAUUCCAUUAAGGUCUACGGAAAGGAAGAGGGCAGAGGCCACAACUUUGAAAACCAUGAUAAUGUAAAACAAAGAACUGCUGUUGCUGGAAAUCUGAAAAGAAAAACAAAUUGCUAGAGAAAUUUAGCAGGUCUGCAGCAUCUUUGGAGAGGACCAAGUCUGAAGAAGGGUCACUGGACUUGAAACAUGAACUUUGAAAAUCAUAACUGCCCUUCUGAGGUUUCCAUUUGCUGUGAAAGCUGCUUCCCCACAUAAGCCACACUUUAAAUGCCUUCAGAAUCUUGCUCAACUUAUACGACCCUGGUUAUUAUUUAUACAGGUAGUUUUUGUCUGAAUCCAAUGUAUACCUCUUUCAGCAUCAUUAUUGGUAAUGGUAAGAUCAGGGAUUGGUGCGAACAAAGCAGAAAAUAAAAUAACUGCAAUUGAACUGCUCUUCUAUUCCAUUUCCCGAGAGUAUGAAAGUUAAACUAAUUCCUUCCCAACACUACAAGCUUCAUAUGGCAAAAUAUUUUACACUGUACUUGUAUUCCUAUGUAAUAGUUUAUGUAGCACAAUACACAUAAUAGAGUCUGUGGGAUAGAGGCCAAAGCCUUGUUCUCCCGUGGGAUGGGAUUUGGUGGAGGUGACAAAUGCUGAAUUCUUAUAUACUCAAACUUCGCUGUUUGGUUUCUAUGGAGAAUAUCCCUGUAGAGGACGUCUUCUACUGCCUGAUCAAGCUCUCAAACAUUAUUCCUGUAACACCCCUGUGACUUACAAAUAUAUCUACACCACACUAGUUACUUCUUACUCAGGAGAUACAUCCCUUUCUUCAUGAGUCACGUUACUUACUAUUAUCCUGACCAUAAGAUUGUGGAUGAGAAAAACAAGUUUGUGAAAUAUAAGCAUUUAGUUUCAGUGGUAGGGUAAAGCAAUUUGAAGGAUUGUAUCACAAAGUACACUGCUAUUUUGAGCAACACAAAUGAUUUUGAAAACAUAAAGUGUAGAACAUAGGAUUGUUUAAGUCUGGUCACAAAGGAUGUGUGUCUGUGUACUUCUGUGGUUCAUAUAAUACAAUAUCUACUAAUAACUGACCUGAAAUAAUUCAGCUUGAGCUUAUAACUCACCAGAAUUAUUUGAGUUAGAGAGGGUAUUAAAUUCAUAUUCCACUAGAUGGUAUAUUGAAAAGCCGUUCAUUCUUUAUGUUUAUUUCCUUUUUUGGCGCACAUAAUUUUGUGUUGUCAUAGUAUUAAAAAUUGCAGAAUUAGCCUUUCUCAUCACAACAUUUAAAAAGAACCAAGUAAAUGUCCACAUCUUUCCAACUCUCUUGGCUCCCAAUACCUCCAUACCACACCUCACCAUAUCUUGCACUCACUACCAAAGUAAUCCAAUCAGUUAUAAUUAAUGAAGGUGGUUUAAAAGAAAACUUAAAUCUGGCGGUGUUUUUUGGUAUUUUCCUUGACUAAAUUAUUCAUUACAAUGUUAGUGCAUUGGCAUGCUGGUUUCUGUUUACCACAGUUGCCUCUAUGCUUUUUUCCAGUUAUUUUUGUAACUAGUGAACCUUUUAGUUUAGCUUGCAUUUCGUAGAAUUCCAAUGUGUUCAAAUUAUGUGUUGAACUUUUUUGUAACUAUUACACUUAAAUCAGAAAUACAAGGCAAUAGGUAUAUUUACAAUUUAGAAUAAUUUUAUCUGAGCACAAAUUAAAUAGACACACCACUAUUGCGGAAUUCCAAGAAAAAGUUUGUUUUUGUACUCAGAUGUCACCAUUUGGCAUACCUAUCAUUGCAUGUAAGAAUAUUUGGACAUUCAUUAGCUGCUGCUUUUGAAGUGUGUAAACUUUGUUUGUGAUAUUCUGAUUUCUCUGAAUUAUGCAGAAAGGAAAUUUAUGUCCCUCAGAAUCCCAUCUUAUGUAUGUAAGUAUCUAGUGAAAUACUAAACAAUUUUGUGGACUUUCAUUAAGUUUAUAAACAUUAGCAAUAUAUUUUAAAAAUAUUCAUGCACUGUAUUUAUGUCUUAUGUUUAAUGCUAUUUAAAGUGAAAGCACAGAUAGUGAUUGUUACUGUAAAAAUGUGGACCAUUCAUUGCCAUUUAACAUUAAACUCGUUCAGAAAUAGUUUUUGAAAAUUUGCAGGAAAUUUUUCAACUCGAGUUAAUUCAUGAAGUUUGCAUAGCUCUUGACUUCCAGUUUUCUCUAGAGUCAAGUUAAUUCUGCUACUGCAUGUGCAUUAGUGCACAUUAAAACAACAUCUCAUCAGAAAAGUAGUGGUAAAUCAAAGGCCAGGCUGCUGAUAUUUAUAGGAUACUAAACAGAAAUACAAGUCAAUAAGUACAUUUACAACUUAUGAUUUUGUUUUAAAAAGUAUAACACAAAUUAAACUUUGUUUUUGAAAUUUCCACAAGAAUGUGUUUUGUAACCUGAAAUGUGAAUUCCUUUCACACUCUUAGCAACAUCCCAUGAAUUCUAAAGGCGCAUUCUUAUUAUGUAAAAUGUAUUCCAUAUGAUAGCACUGAAGAGGAAAUUUAAUUUGAAGAAGACCUGAAAAAAAACACACCAGAUUUUAAUUACAUUGUACUGAAGAUAAACCAAAAAUUUUGUUUGUGGCAAAUGAUGCAGAAGAUCAAAAUAUCUUUACACAUGGCUGUUCUGCAGAAUUUUGGUGUGAGUAAAGCUGUUAACACUGUGAUGACUUUUAACUUUUGUAUCUUUUUAUUUCUAACAAGUAAAAUUAUGGGUGUAUAAAUGGACUGCACAUAAUUUUGGAAUAAAAAAGAACAUUCUUAAUGUGAA